GAUUGGUUGAUCUCAGCGCGCGACAUGGCGAAGUUUUGUAAACAGUUUAGAAGGGUUUUCAUGAUUUUAUUUAUCUAAAUAAUUGCUUGUUAUAAAGGAUGUUUUAUACCAGCAUCUGCGUUUAACUGUAAAUGAAAAAAAAUAUCACUACAGUAAUUGGAAUAAUGUCUCCGGAAAUAGUUAGAUAAUUUGUUUUUCAGAAUUAAUGCUGUGCAAAGUGUAUAAGGAUGGACUGCGUUGCAACUGGAGGAAAUGUCAAAGUGCUGGCCAAAGCAAUACACUCCCUUUCAAGGAUUGGAGAAGAGCUUUACUUGGAGCCCACUGCGGAUGGGCUAACCCUGCGGACAGUGAACUCAUCCCGAUCAGCGUUCGCCUGCUUCCUGAUGUCUCCGCUCUUCUUCCAGAGGUACCAGGCUCCUCCAGACCAAGCCUUUCGCUGCAAGAUGCCCAUCAAGAGUGUACAGGCGGUGUUCAGGUCUCUCUCGUCUCUUGAGCGCUCUGUGGAGAAGUGCCGGAUUGAGAUGAACGCUGAGAAGAGUCGUCUGAGAAUCACGCUGCACUGCAAACAUGGGCUUUUAAAGACACACAACCUAUCCUUUCAGGACUGUGAAAGCUUGCAAGCAGUGUUUGACAAGGACACCUGCACCAACGUGCUUCAAGCCCAACCCAGGUUGUGGGUGGAUACAGUUCUGCAUUUCCCGCCCUCUCUGGAGGAAGUGAGUGUGUCUGUGAGCGGUGAUCGAGUUUGGCUCAGGACCCACGUGGAAGACGAUGCAGGUGAUGACUCCUCAAAAGCCAUGAUGACCGAGUUGUGUUUGAGCUCCGAAGAGUUUGAUCACUUUGCUAUCGGCUCUCAGACCAGCAUCACCUUCUGCCUCAAAGAGCUCAGGGGUUUGUUGGUCUUUGCUGAGACAGCUGGUCUUCCCAUCUCUAUGUACUUUGAUGAACCUGGAAGCCCCGUUGUCCUGAGUGUCUCCGACAGUGUCUUAGAGGUGGAUUUUGUACUCGCUACUCUCUCUGAAGACGCACACCAACGUAACCACAUCAACAAACCCGAUGGGCUCUCUUCCUUACCGUCUCCCAGGCCCCGCCCUGAACCUGAACUCCCAGUCGAUGACUUCAUGUGCGAUGACAUAGACUCGUAUCUCAUCGCCAUGGAGACCAGUGAUAUCGCUGGGCCGUCCCACAAACUUCAACCUCAACCGCAAACUUCCUCCACCAAUCGCAAAAGCCUUCCGCUCAGCGAAGAGGAGGAGGAGGAGCCAGUCGAGAGACCCCCCAAUAAGAAGUUCUGCUCGCUUUUCUUUGGCUCCGUGCUGCCGGCUGGUUCUCAGCCGACCAACCAGACAGUGCAGAGUCAGGAAGUGCUCGCCAGCGACAGCGAGGACGAGAGACAGUCAGAAUGAACCCUACAGCAGCGACGCACUCGGAAACCAGAAACAAGAAAAAACAAAUGGAUGAUCCACAUGGAACGUCCUUUUUAUUGUCAUUUCAAAGUUUUUGUUUGUUUUAAAAGUUGAAUCAGAAGUGAAGCGGUCAAAAGAAGACACGUCACGCCCAAAUCACUGUACUGAACUCACAAGUCAAAGUCAAAUUUCAUUCCUGACCUUGCAGCAGCCAUUAAAGGACACUUCAAGCACAAAUGAGUUACCUAUAAAUGACUGGUUUACACAAUAAAACCAGUCAUUACUACGGAAGCCGCGAGAGGCCCUUCAUAUAAUCCUUUUUUUUAUUCACCUUGUUAUC